AGUUUAUUAUUUAAUUUCUACAUAACCUAUCCUAAUCAUUUAUUUUAUUUGAAUAUUUUAUAAACAAUGUUUUAAAUUUGUGAUCGAACCAACAAUAAUAUUGUAAUUUGUAAUAGUGUGAAAAGGGAAUUAAGAAAAAUGGAUAAGUUGUUAAAUUCAUCAAAUUCUUUUAGAAACUUUGACUCAAAACGGGAAGACUAUUUAGAAUGGGAAGAAUAUUUUAUGGCUACUGCUUUCCUGGCAGCCAAAAGAAGCAAAGAUCCCUGUUCUCAAGUUGGUGCUUGUAUAGUUAAUGAAAAUAACGUUGUUGUUGGAAUAGGAUAUAACGGAAUGCCCAAGGGAUGUCAAGACAAUAAUUUUCCAUGGGGUAAAAUGUCGGAGGAUCCUUUGCUUAAUAAAUAUAUGUAUGUGUGUCAUGCAGAACUGAAUGCUGUACUUAACAAAAACAGUGCUGAUGUGAAAAAUUGUAUCUUGUAUGUAGGACUUUUUCCUUGCAAUGAAUGUGCUAAAGUGAUUAUACAAUCCGGAAUAAAGGAAGUUGUUUAUUUAUCUGACAAACACUGUCUUAAAGCAAGUACCAUCGCCUCAAAGAAAAUGUUUGAUGCUGUAGGUGUUAAAUAUAGGCAAUUUAUUCCAAAACACUCGAAAAUUGUGAUAGAUUUCAAUGAAAUAAACGAGAAUCCUAUGACACAACUUCCUGAAACGCCUAUAAAAGAUGUCAAAUGUCAAAACCAACUUGCAACGGAACAUCAAGAAAUAUGUAAUAAUUUGGAAAAAAUACUUUUAUGACAAAAAAGAUCUUUUUUUUAAUUGGCCAAAGACAGGAAGUCUUCUGUAUGAUACAAUGUGUACAAAAAGUAAUGUAGUGUGAAUAUUACACUACAAGCGUUAAAAAUCAUAUUUGUUUAAUCCAUGUAACCCUAAGCAUAUAUUUACAAAUAUUUAAUAA